UCACUUUUGUGAGAUACUGUAUCAUAAGCUUUUUCUACAUCAAAAAAGACUCCCACAAGCACUUCUUUAUUAACUUGAGCUUUUCGAAUUUCAGCUUCCAAACACAAUAUUGAAUCCAUCGUAUUUCUCCCUUUUCUAAAUCCACUUUGACAUGCUGAAAAAAUGUUUCUACUUUCAAUCACAUAAGUCAACCUAUUCAUAACCAUCCGUUCCAUAAUUUUGCAUAAAUUUGAUGUCAAUGCAAUAGGUCUAUAAUUAAUUGGCUGAGAGUGGUCUUUUCCAGGUUUAGCUGUUGGCACUAUGACCCCAUGCUUCCAAUCUGCUGGCAAAUUCCCUGUUUUUAUUUUUGUUAAAAAGACUUAAAAUCAUACUUAAGGAUAAAUCUGAUAAGUGCUUUAUCAUCUCAUAGCAUAUGUCAUCCUUGCCUGGAGAAGUAUGGUUGACCCCCACAAGCACUCUCUUUAACUCAUACAAAGUAAACUCUGCAUCUAACAUACUUCCUGAUGGAUUCUUCUUUACAUAUAUGUGAGCAUUCUCCCUAAUUUUCUGUUCCCUAUAUUUCCUCAUAUUCUCUGAAAUAUUUUCAUUACUGUGCACCUUUACGAAAGUUUCCACUAACAUCUCUGCUUUAUCACUAUCUUUUAUUGCUAUUUUUCCAUUAUUUACUAAAACUGGAAUAUUGUUAUUUCUCUGAAUCCCUCCCAUCUUUCUAAUCAUAUUCCAAACUUCAUUAAAUUCAAUUUCUUCCCCAAUUAUAUUACAAAAUUCUUAUAUUCAAAACUCUCUAUAUUACAAAAUUAUAUUACAAAAUUUCUUUCCGCUUUUCUUACUUCUCUCUUCACUAUUGCCUGUGCUCUCUUAAAGUUAAUGUACUCACUAAACAAUACAGAUUUUCUGGCUUUCUUCAUCGCUUUAUUUCUUUCCCUAACUGCCUUACUACACUCUUUAUUCCACCACGGUACUGCUUUUUUUCUAUUUAUAGUUUUCUUUUUUCCUAUUAUUUCCUCUGCCGUAUUUCUUAACACUUCACUUAUUUUCUUACUUAACUAUUCAAUGCCUUCAAUAUCAUUUACCAUAUCACACAUAUUGUUAUGGCACAAUUCUUUAAAAAGCUCCCAGUUGGCUGCAUUAAAUUUCCAUCUUGGAAUUCUCUCCACCAAGGUUUGGAUAAUGUCCACACCAAUUUUACACCAUAUAGGAUAGUGAUCACUUCCCAUUGUACUUUGCUUACUUACAUUCCAUUCACAUUUUCUAGCUAGAUUUUCUGACACUAGAGUAAUAUCUAAAGCUGAUUUACGCCCAUGGGUUACAUCUAUUCUUGUAAAACAUCCAUUGUUAAUACAUACUAACCUUCCCCAAUCUAACAUUUCUUCCACAAUCAGCCCAUUAUAAUCUGUUUUAAUACUCUCCCAUAGUGUAUUAUGGGCAUUAAAAUCACCACACCAUAUUACUUUCUGAUUUAUGUUACCUCUUAUAUUUUCCAAUACUUCCUUACUUAACUUUUCACAUGGAUUCUAAAAAUUAAUUACUUUAAUACUAUGGCUCCCUUCCCAGACUUCCAUCACUACCAACAUUUUAUAAAUGUAGCUAUCCCACUUCCAUUACCUUGUUUCCUGUCUUUCCGAAUUACCACAUAUCCUUGUAAAACAAAAUUCAACUGAGGUUUGAGCCAUGUUUCUUGAACACAUAUUAUAUCAGGUUUAUUUUCUAAAUCAGAAAUGAACUUUUUAAACUAUUGCCUACUAGCUAUUAAGCUUCUCGCAUUCCACUGAAAUAUUAACAGCACCAUUAUGUACCACCACAUCCCGGUUGAGUGUAUGUUGUUUGCAUCUUUAAUUUUGUCGAAAUACCUUAGAUCUCUAGAUACUUUUCCGCUGCUUUGAUUAUAAUUCUGAUUCUUUCUGUCCGGCUUUCAGUUUGCACUGAACAGUUCACUACUUCAGCCAUAAAAGUGACAAAUGCAACAUUGUUCUUAAUCCCAAAUUUCUCUUUGUGUUUUCCUUUGCCAUUUCCGUCUUGUGUUGAAUGAUUUCUUUACUUUUGUUUCCUGAUUCCAAAUUCUUUUCUACUUUUUUUAGAGCCUCAGAGUAUGACAAUACUUCUUGUAUUCUGACAUUUUGAACUUGAGCCACAUGUUUCCUCACCUUGCACCCUCCAUAUCCCGCACUGUGUUCCCCUCCACAAUUACAACACUUGAGUUUAACUUCUUGCCCGCAUUUUCCAUACUCAUGUUCUCCACUGCAUCUCGCUCACCUUUGUUUGCCUCUGCAUACAGCCGCUACAUACCCGAACUUUUGGCAUUUAUAACAUCUUAGAGGUGGGGGUACAUAGAGCCUUACCAAAAAGCUCAUAAAUCCCAAAAAAUACUUUAUUGGCAGGUUUUCCUCAUCAAAAUGAAUCAUCACAGAGAGGCUGUCUCCCCUUUCAUUAUUCCUAUUGCAUUUUAGUCUUUUCACAUCAAUCACUGCAGCUCCCAUAAGACCUCUCUUAAUCUUUUCAACUGUUACCUCUGUGGGGAUCCCUGUUAUUACUCCUUUAACCCAUUUCUUUUCUUCUUGAACUGAACAAAUCACAUUUUGUCCCAUAAUCAACUUAACUCCUAGAGCCUUUUUUUGUUGCCUACUAUCCUUACAAUAUAUUAGUGAUCUACCAUCUCUCAACUUUUUAACACUUUCAACCAGUCCUAUCACUUCCUUCAUUGUUUUAGAUAACUUCAGCGGAUUAAUGAUACUGAGAUCCGUUUUCAAGUUUCAUCACUACCUUAUACUCUUCUUUCCUUCUUCUUGUCAGAUGAGUUCCAUUUUCAUUAUCAGUUUCAGAUGCGUUACUUUUCUUUCUUUUUUUCUUUCUUUUACUCCAUUCAUUAUUUCAAUUCCCGCCUUCAUCUGUGUCAAACGUUUCAUCCUCCAUUUCCAGAUUGCUUCCGGAAUCUACUCCACUUCAUACCAUGCACUCUCGCCACACAGAAAGAUCAGCUGUUGCCAAACCGCCCGACCGUCACUGACGCAAACUCUUCCACUUCCGGCCGAUUGCAAAGAUUAAGUAAAACGUGUUCUUUUAACAGAAAAGCUCUGAUAGGGGGUUUAAAUUCUGGAAAUCUGGCAACCGUAAGCAUGGACGCUCAUAAAAACAGUCUGUAAUGUUUUGUCUCCUUUAUUCGACAAAAACAAGAAGUGAUUUCAAAAGAGUGAUUUUGGUAAAGUUUUAGUCUUUUAGCCACAUUUCAGUCUCGUCUUUUUUCAUCAAAGAUAUUGUAUGUGUUGUUUUAGUCACGUUAUGGUUAAAUGACAUUGGUGUCGUCUAGUCUUAGUCACGGAAAAAAAGGUCGUCAACGCACAUUUUUCGUCAUAGUUUUCGUUAAUGAAAUUAACACUGCCUCGUAUUCACAUAAACACAUCUGUUAUAUCCUAUAAGUAGUGCUGUCAACAUUAAUGCAUGCGAUUGAUUUUAUCUGUUUAACGCGUUAAAAAUAUUUAAUGCAGCAUCCGUUUUUUUCUGUCAUCCUUUGGCUAGCAUUACAAUAUAUGAUCACGCUCUUCUUCAUGCUAAGAAAAAAAAAAACCAUUCAAGUGUGUCAAGACAAACGAGAACGCGCUGUCUGUGAAUGUUCUGACAGACACACGAUGCACAGAAAGACGCGCCACAGAAUCUAGUUCUCUUUUGCACUCAAAUGAAUAACACGCAAAAUUAUGCCAAAAUGUCCGUUUUGUCUAGUAUCCUCAUAAGAGCAGUUAAAUAAGUAUUAAACAAGCGUAAAAAGUUGUGAGAAAAUGGGACGCGUGCCAAAUACAUGUCAUGUGCAGCAGCAGCAGAUCUUAAAGUGAUAGCAGCCACUAAUUCUGUCUGUCUUUAAUGUUAAUCAAAGAACAAAGGUAACAGAGAAAAUUACUCACUGCUCUUGACUAAAGAGCUUUAAUAAGAAUUAAUAUAUAUUUAAUUUAUAAUUUAUCUAUUGCAGACUGUUUGAUAACUUUAUUCAAUUUUUGUAUAUUUCAUGCCACAGGUAGGUCUAAAUAUGACAUUUAUUAUGGGUUUAUGUGAGGAUUGUUUUAAGUUAAUUUAAAUUAAAAGUUGUUUUAUUUCUUUGGAGCCUAGAAAAUGUUAAAAUUUAUAGCUUUCAAUUACACUGUAAUGUUUAAAAAAAAAAAAAUCAGUGUCAUUGAGACAUCAGUAGCAGUGUUAGUAUCAGUGAUACUGGCUUUCAUUCAUAAAAAGAUGCCAUUAAACAAGUAUUUAAAAUAUACUGUCUUUAUGUUGUUUCUACAUUAUUUAGAAGAAAUUACUGAUUUCCUAGACUUUCAAUGGAUGGACAAAAAAGUUAGAUAAUAUUAGAAAUAUCUAUAUGACAGUAGGCCUAUAUACAGCGGUUCUUCCUUGUAGUAUUGAAAGGUAUUGUAUCAAAGUAGUAUCGUGACAACAAUUCCCCCCUAAAAAAGUCCCUGCUUGUGAGGUAGUACUUUUUCAAAGUUCAGGAACUUUCGGGGGUGGGACUUGGGCACUGAACAUGCUGAUUGGUUGAGUUCACGCAGCAUUUUGAUUGGUUGACUCCACGCAGCAUUUUUAAAAGUCUGUUUAUGUGCAGUAAGAGUUGUUUGCUAUACGUAUCAAAAAUGAACUGACAAAUACCACACAGUAUUGACCAGCUCCUGUGCCGGCAUCAUACGCAUGUAUUGUGCUGCUCACGCGAACAGCAUCAGCCAAUACUGAGUCAGCAUUCUGAUGUAGAACCUGGAAGUGACACAGCGAAUGACAGGGGAAAAGAUGAAUUUAUUGAAUAAAGUUGUUUUGAUUUUGCACACAAAAAGUAUUCUUGUCACUUCAUAACAUUAAGGUUGAACCACUAUAGUCACGUUGACUAUUUUAAUGUCUUUACUACUUUUCUGGACCAUGAAUGAUGGUAAUUACGUUGCUUUCCAUGGGGGAUUAAAAAAAAGCCUCUUGGAUUUCAUAAAAAAUAUCUUAACUUGUGUUCUGAAGAUGAACAAAGGUCUUACGGAUGUGGAACGACAUGAGAGUGAGUACUUAAUGAUAGAAAUUUCAUUUUGGGGUGAAAUAACACUUUAAAUGAGACGCAUUAUGUUUGGAGAAAGGACUGCAUUCCAGCAUAAGAGCCUUAUCCCAUCUGUGAACGUGGUGGUAGUAUUAUGAUUUGGGUCUGUUUUGCUGCAUCUGUGCCCGGCGAGCUUGCCAUCAUUGAUUCUAAAUUAUCCUGGCAAAUUCUAAAGGAAAAUGUUAGGACAUCUGUCCGUGAACUGAAUCUCAAGAGAAAGUAGGUCAUGCAGAAAGACAACGACCCUAAGCACACAAGGCUUUCUACCAAAGAAGGGUUAAAGAUGAACAAAGUUAGUGUUUUGAAAUGGCUAAGUCAAAGUCCUCACCUUAAUCCAAUUAAAAUGAUGUGGAAGGACCAAAACCAAGCAGUUUAUGUGACUCACCUACAUCAGAGAGUUGAAACUGUUCUGUACUGAGUAAUUGGAUAAAAUUCCAUUGUGCAGAAUUGAUCAGCAGUCACCGCAAAUGUUUAGUUGUAGUUAAGGGAGUCAUACCAGACAAUGAAAGCAAAAGUUCACAUAAUUUUGCCACUAACAUAUAUAUAAUACUGGAUUAUUUUUCUCAAUAAAUAAAUGACAAAGUAUAUAUUUUUCAUCUCAUUUGUUUGAUUGGGUUCUCUUUGUCACUUUUAGGACUUCUGAUGAUGUUUUGGGUCAUAUUUAUGCAGAAAUAUAGGAAACACUUCUGAAGUGCAAUGGCAUUUUUUUUAGUUCACUUUUUACGCAUACGCGAGGGUCAGCGUACUGUGUGUGUGACGCGAAUUUUGUCAUCAGAAGAGUACGUGCACCACCGGAUUUUUGUAACCGCGCGUGCUUUGUACACGCAGGUCGCACAUGCGCUUUUAAUUGAUUUUUCAGUAAUUUGUUUAUCCACAAGGUGCCAACUGUGCCCUGGGGGUGUUGAUUCACAAUCAAAGAAAAACUGCAUAAACAGAACAGACCAGAAUGCAUGCAAGCUACAGCGACGAUAGAUUGUGCGAAGAGAUUUGAUGCUGCAAAAUUUUUUGAAAACUCACAAAGCCAACAUGAAGAAGGAAGUCGAACAUAUUUUUGAGGGCAAGAAAGAAAAUGACAUGCAUCUGAAUGAUGUUUACACAGAGCUGUUUAUCACAGUGGGAGAUAUUAAAGAUGUCAAACAGGAACAUGAGAUUCUGAAGACUGAUGAUGUCAAGACCCGGAAAUCACAGGACAGACCAAUCAAAUGCAUUGAUAUAUUUACUGAAUUGAGGAAAAACAAUGAGAAAAAGAUUGUGCUGACUAAGGGCAUCUCUGGCAUUGGGAAAACUGUCUCUGUGCAUAAGUUCAUUCUGGACUGGGCAGAAGGUAAUGCCAAUCAGGAUAUAGACUGUGUGUUCCUACUUCCAUUCGGUGAGAUUAACAUGAUUAAAGACAAAGAGGUCAAUCUCCACAAGUUUCUGCUUAACUUUUAUCCUAAACUGAAGGACUUAGAGAAAUCAAAGUUAUAUAAGGAAUAUAAUCUAGCAUUUAUAUUUGAUGGACUUGAUGAGAGUAACUUAUCACUGAAUUUUAAAAGUGAAAAUCUGUCGAGUGUUGAGGAAAAAUCCUCUGUAGAUGUGCUGUUUACAAGUCUGGUGAAAGGGAAACUGCUUCCAUCAGCUCUCGUCUGGGUGACUUCACGACCAGCAGCAGCUAAUCAAAUCCCUCCUAAAUAUGUAGGUUUGUUCACAGAGGUAAAAGGAUUCACUGACGGACAGAAGGAGGACUACUUCAGAAAGAGAAUCACAGAUAAGACUCGGGCCUCCAGAAUAAUCUCGCACAUCAAGACAUCUCGUAGUCUCUACAUCAUGUGCCACAUUCCAGUGUUCUGUUGGAUCACGGCCACAGUACUUGAGAAUUUUCUCAUUGAGAACAAUGCAGAGAACAUCAAUGCAACACUCACUGAAAUGUACAUUCACUUCCUUCUAAUACAGCUGAACACAAAGAACCAAAAGUAUGAUGAAAAAGAAGAAAGAGAAUGUGAAAAACACUUAGAAUUAAAUAGAGAAAUUAUUUUAAAGUUAGCAAAGUUAGCAUUUAAACAGCUGAAGAAUGAAAACGUUCUGUUCAAAGAGGGUGAUCUGAAAGAAUGUGGUAUUGAUGUGAAUGGCAGCUCUGAGUUUACAGGAAUGAUUGUUGAGAUUUUUAAGAAGGAAGAUGGACUUCAUGAGAGGAAGGUCUUCUGCUUUGUGCAUCGGAGUAUUCAAGAAUUCCUUGCUGCUGUGUAUGUGUUCUUCUGCUACCUCAAAAAGGACAUUCAGGAGCUUAGUUUUUUUUUUGAAGAUCCGCAACAAAGGGCCAGGCAUAAGCUUCUGUUUUUUUUUAGAAAGAUCUUCAAAAAAGUCCAAUUGCAUGACUUAAUGAAGAGGGCCAUUGAUAAAGCAAUGCAGAGUCAGAGAGGACAUUUGGACCUUUUCCUGCGGUUUCUAAUGGGCAUUUCACAGGAAUCCAGUCAGAACCUGCUCGAAGGGCUGUUCACACACACUAAAGACACCACAAAAAGCAUCAUAAAAAUAAGUGCACACAUUAAACAAUUACAAAAUGAGUCUGUCCAAGAUGAAGCUUCAGUCAACCUAUUUUUCUGCUUACUUGAGCUCAAGGAUAAUUCAUUACAUGAUGAAAUCCAGAAAUACCUCAGUUCAGAUGAACAUCCAGCAAGAGAACUCUCAUCUGCAAUGUGCUCAGUGCUGGUCUACAUAAUGCUGAUGUCAGAUAUGGUGUUUGAUGAGUUCAACCCCAAGAAGUUCACAUCACCAGCAUACUACAUAAAUCUUGUCCCAGCUGUGAGAUGCUGCAGAAAAGCCCUAUUUGAUGGCUGUGGUCUCUCAGAUCGAGAUUGUGAAAUUUUGUCUUCAGCUCUCCAGUCAUCAAACUCCCAUCUGACAGAGCUGGACCUGAGUAACAAUGACCUGAUGGAUUCAGGAGUAAAGCUGCUCUCUGCUGGACUGACCAACUGUCAGUUGAAUAUACUGAGAAUGGCAGGGUGUAGAUUGACUGGUCAGUGCUGUGAAAGUUUGUCUUUAACUCUACAAUCGUCAAACUCCUCCCUAAAAGUCCUGGACCUGAGUAACAAUGACCUACAGGAUUCUGGAAUAAAGUUGCUCUCUGUUGGACUGAAGAAUUCACACUGUCAACUGAACAUACUGAGAUUGGUCAUCUGUAAUCUCACUGCUCAGUGCUGUGAAAGCAUGUCUUCAGCUCUACAAUCAUCAAACUCCUGUCUGAGAGAGCUGGAUCUGAGUAACAAUGACCUGCAGGAUUCAGGAGUAAAGCUUCUCUCUGCUGCAUUGGAGAGUCCACACUGUCAACUGAACAUAUUAAGGUUGUCUGGCUGUAUGGUGACAGAGGAAGGCUGUCGUUACGUGUCUUCAGCUAUGAGUUCAAACCUGAACUCAUACCUGAGAGAGCUGGAUUUGAGCUACAAUCACCCAGGAGAAUCAGGAGUCAAGCUACUCUCUGAUAGACUAGACAAAAUCAAUGUGGAUCAUGGAGGAGAGUUCAGGAUUACAGCAGGACUACACAAAUAUGCCUGUGAUCUCACACUGGAUCCAAAUACAGCAAACCCCUUUCUCAUUCUGUCUGAGGAGAACAGAAAAGUGACACACGUGAGAGAGAAACAGCUGUAUCCUGAUCAUCCAGAGAGAUUUGAUUAUCAUCUUCAGGUUCUGUGUACAGAGAGUCUGUCUGGACGCUGUUACUGGGAGGCUGAAUGGAGUAGAGAUGCUGAUAUAUCAGUGACAUAUAAAGGAAUCAGCAGGAAAGAAGACAGUGAUGAUUGUGAAUUUGGAUUAAAUAAAAACUCCUGGAGUCUGUUCUGCUCUAAUGACGCAUUCACUGUCUGUCACAAUGAUAUGUUUACUGACACAUGUGUCCCUUCAGGCUUCUGUAAGAGAGUAGGAGUUUAUGUGGACACGUCAGCCGGCACUCUGUCCUUUUAUGGCAUUUCUGACACACACACACUCACACACUUGCACACAUUCACCUCCACAUUCACUGAGUCACUCUAUGCUGGAUUUAGGUUGUUGUCUUAUGACUCCUCAGUGUCUCUGUGUCAAAUUAAAAAUCCUGUGAGCAACAAAAGAGACAUCACAAACCCACCCAACUGAAAGAAAUACUUUCACUUUAUAUAUUGUAGUGCUGCCAGUUACUCAGCAUAUAUUGCGCCUGGAUGAGCUCUGACUGGGUGUGUGUGUCCAUUUAUUUGCACAGACUGUGUAAUUAUGUGAAAUUGAUUUGGUGUGGGGUUUUUUUUAGUUAAAGGUCCAGAAUUGUAUGCAAUAUCACAAGCUGUGUACGUAUGUUCAGUGGCCAGAUUGAUGGCUGGCCCACCCAAUCAAAGCUGCCAGAAUAUAGCCUAUAUUCUGGAAAUAAAAUGAAAUGAGCAAAAAAAAUCA